AUGAUGGAGGACGAGGGUCCGCGUGUUGUAGAUUAUUUUGUGGUGUCUGGUCUGAGCGAAGCGUCCGCUCCAUUGGGUCAGGAUGUCGUGUUUGAUGACGCGUGUCAUAAAGCAGCUCAGAUCAAACUGCCCAUCACAGAUGUGAUUGUGUUGAUGCGAUCUAUAGGCGAAGAUGUUCCUCCAGGUUACACGUGUGUAGAGAGCACACCAUCAGGCCUGUCCGCUGAUCUAAACAACGGCAGUCUGAUGGCACCCCAAUUUUACAUUUGCUACAGACGAGGACGAGACAAAGCACCUCUCACAGACCUGGGAGUUAUUUAUGAAUGGAAAGAGAAAGUAAAGCAAGGACAUCAUGUCAUUCAGAAGACACCGUACGGACGCCCGGCAAACCUGAGCGGCACUUCAUCUCAACGCAUCUACAUCACAUAUCAGCGAGCAACGGAGAGCCCUGCGCCCGUCUGUAUCACAGACAUCUGCAUCAUCAUACCUGGAAAAGGAGAGAAAAACCCUCAUAGGUUCUGUAAAAUAGACAAGAAUCUCAGCAGCAGUAUGUGGGGUUCAGCUGUAUAUCUUUGCUACAAGAAGUCUGUGAUGAACACCAACUCUGUUGCUUAUAAAGCAGAAAUGCUGAGUCGAUAUCCCGAAGAAGACUACGUGUCGUUUUCUCUGCCUGAAUCUGUCCCCAUGUUCUGUCUGCCGAUGGGCGUUUCAGUGGAGCGCUGGACGCCUCACGUCAAGUACCUGCUGCCGACCUACUCUACAUUUGUGUUGACCGGAGCAUCAGGGGCGAAGGUGUACGGUGCAGCGCUGCAGUUCUUUGAAGUGUAUCCAGAAGAGCGUUUAACAGACCAUCAGAGAAAACAGCUCAACAUGACGGACUCCAAAUCCUGUUCCAGAGCCCACACGAGCUCACCUGCAGCAUCAGGAAUCAUUCACGCUAAUAAAUGCAUCUGCGUUCUGUCUCACUGGCCGUUCUUUGACGCUUUCAAGAAGUUUCUGACGUUCCUCUACCGUUACUCUGUCUCUGGACCUCACGCUCUGCCCAUUGAGAAACACAUCUCACACUUCAUGCACAAAGUUCUGUUUCCGAGCGCACAGAGACCUCGCAUUCUCCUGCAGUUAUCUCCUCAUGACAGCGUGUUGUUCAGUCGGCCGGUCCUCUGUCCUUUACCUCUGAGUGGUGGUCGGUUCUGUACUCUUCUGAAGCACUUGGGUCCUGAGAACACAAUCUCUGUGUUGUUGUUUGCUCUGACGGAGCAGAAGAUUGUGAUGCACUCGACACAAGCGGCCGUCCUCACCAGCGUCGCUGAAGCUCUGCUGUCUAUGCUCUUCCCGUUGCAGUGGCAGUGUCCGUAUAUCCCUCUGUGUCCUCUCUCUCUGUCGGGUGUUCUCAGCGCUCCCUGUCCAUUCAUUGUGGGUGUGGAUUCACGAUACUUCGACAUCUAUGAACCGCCGCUGGAUGUUAUAUGUGUGGAUCUGGAUACAAACAAUUUCUUUCACACGGAAGAAACACCAACUCUGACACUGAAGAUCCUGCCAAAGAAAGCCAGAAAAAAACUUCUGAAUGCCCUCAAAGAUCUCUAUGUGGAGAUAUCUGAUGGACACAGAGAUGAUGGAUUGUUAGAUUUAUUCAUGUGUGAUCUGGAGCUCAGCAGUGGACGGACUUUACAGACGGUGGAGCUUAACGUUCAAGAGGUGUUUCUGUGCUUCAUGGCUGAUAUUUUAAAGGGUUACAGGAGCUUUCUGAGACCCAUCAUCAACGUUCCUUCAGAUACAGCCACAGACGCCACAUCACUGUUUGAUCUACAGGGGUUCGUGAGGCAUCAGGACUCCUCAAAACAAACGUUUUAUUCUUUGUUGACAAAAACUCAGAUGUUUAUGCGGUUUAUUGAGGAGCGUUCGUUUGUCAGUGACAGAGAUGCCAGUCUGGCUUUCUUUGAUGAAUGCGUUGAGAAGCUUCAAGGCACAGAGCAAAACAGUGAUGGAAAGGAUAAGAGUCGACUGAUUGAAUUGGAUAAAUCUUACUGUAGUGAACACACAGUAUUUAUCGGCCCACCUGAACUGCCCACCUCACCUGACGGAGAUGAAAACCUGCUGAGCUACAGUUAUGGGGGCUUUCCGUUGUUAAGAAAUGAAUUGUUUGAUCAUGUGGUCGACUUUCCAACCAGCACUAAACAGACACUAAUCCACAAAACCUGUCAGACACAAACCGAUUCAACACUCAGACGGACCAAACAGGAAUUGAAGUGGGCACAGAAGACGGCUCACAAAUAUUCCGCCGAACCUCAUCUGUGGUCCAGACGUCUGCUGUCCUGUUCAUUCGGCCUGUGGUUCAUCUGUCUGCCAGCGUACAUCAAAGUGUGUCCUUCAAAAACACGGUCGCUACACGCCGCAUACGACACGCUGAGAAAGAUGAGAGAGAGAACACUGCAGCCUCCGGAUGAGGUGUGUUAUCGUAUUGUGAUGCAGUUGUGCGGUGAGUACGGUCAGCCCGUGUUGGCUGUCAGGGUUUUGUCUGAGAUGAGAAAGGCCGGCCUUCAUCCUAACGCCAUCACUUAUGGAUGUUACAACAAGGCCGUGUUGGAGAACGUCUGGCCGUCCGGCACUCGAGGAGGAUAUUUCCUCUGGUCUAAACUGAGAAAUGUGAUUAUGGCCAUCGCUCACUUGAAAAGUGGCCUGAAGAAACAGACGCACGUUACUUUGACUCACAACUCUUGUACAGAGACUGUCAGUGAUCACAGAUCUCCAUCACGUCUCACACAAACCCGCUCCGCAUCGCCACCACUUUCCUGUGACAAUCCAUCCCAUCAUAACGCCGGACUGCUGUUCUCAUCGUCUUUAGAAGACAUCGGUGUGGUCAACAGCCGUUCAUGUAGAUGUCAUCACAGAUCUGAUGACAGGUCUGGUGUUCAACACGCGUGCCGUGACAGCUUACACAACACGAGAGCAAAGACUCACAACCAGGACUCCAGAGAUCCAGACUCGAUCCCCAUCUUUGCCUUUGAGGAUCUGGAUUUAGACAGCACAACAGAUGUAGAGGUGAUGUGGACUAACAGCGGUCGCUCUGAAACUCGACGUGCUUCCAGACGGAUGGAUGUGAAGAAGGGUCGUGACCCUCUUUCACUGCUGGCCUCAGAGUUUGAGGAGGAUACAGAAUCUUUGGGUCAAGACACCGUCUGCAGUCCGUCUGUCAGCCGUCACCUGGCAGAAGAGAUUGAGAUGUACAUGAAACACUCCUUCAGUCCGCUGAGCAGCCGAGCGCCGAGUGUUGACCUCGGUGUCGUGUCAAAUCACAGCCCGCGCCUGAUGUCUGCAUCUCCAAACUCAUCUGUGGGGAUUGAUUCUCUCCUCCCUCCAUCACUGGAUGUUCUCAAGAGCAGCGUCAUGUCUGCAGGACGAGAGGUGGCUGAGAGAGCCAGUCGAUGGUAUUCACAGUUUGCUAAAGACAGUGAUUCAGACAAACAGGACAUGUUGUCAUCUGUGAAACAGAAUGAUGCUGAAGAUGAAGAGCACUAUGUGACAUCAUCAUCUGGUGGCCAAUCGGCUUCACCAGAACACUCAUCAGCUUGUAUUUUUACACGGCGGGACUGGACGUGUUCAGAUGAUUCUGAUAACAGAGACCACAACUGUGCGAUGGAGGUGCUGAUGGCGAGCUGCUCGCGCUGUCAGACGUGUGAUUGUCUGGUGUAUGAUGAAGAGAUCAUGGCCGGCUGGACAGCAGAUGACUCCAAUCUCAACGCUUCAUGUCCAUUCUGUGCAAACACUUUCCUUCCCUUCCUGAACAUAGAGAUCAGAGACCUCAGACAGCCCGGAAGGUUGUUUCUGAAAAGCAGUCCAUCAGAGAAGAUGCUGGAUCCCUUCACAACAACGUCAACAUCAGCUCCUCAUGACAGCAACAGACAGACGAAUCCAGAGACACAAAACCUUCAGACCUGUGGAACCUUCAGCCCUGUGGAGGAAUCCAUUAGAUCCGUUGCUACGGAUCGGUUGAGUUUAUCCUGGCGUCUGCAUCAUCCAGAGCCGGUGACGGUACAGUAUCUCAGUCCACUGGUGCUGUGGAAAGAACUGGAGAGUUUAAUAGAGAAUGAGGGCAGUGACAUCAUCUGUCAUUCUUCUGUUGUGGAUAAACAUCCCAUCAUCUACUGGAACCUUGUGUGCUACUUCACACGACUUCAGUUACCCAGCAACCUGACGGGACUCAUACUGACCUCAGAACACUGCAACAGAGGAUCACAGAUUCCUCGUGAUUGGAUGUCUGAGGACAGCAGAUAUGUUGAUGUUCAGCUGCUCUGGGACAACAUUAAACUUCACAGAGAUGAAGUUCAGCCUCUUUAUGUUCUGUGGAACACACACUCGGCAGGUCUCAGGUAUCCCGUGAGUCAGGCUGAUGCGGAGCGAGUGUUUGAUGAAGAUCUCCUGCACAACAUCAUUCACAGCAUUGAGAGAAAUGAUCUUUAUUCUCCUGUGUGUCUGAUGUUACCACCUGCAGACCGACCUCAGCGAGAGAGGAGUUUAUACAGGGAGCUUCUGUUUCUCUGUCGAGUCAGUCUGGGUGAAGAUAACAUUGACAUCGAUGCGUUUGAUCGAGAGUAUGAGUCAGCGUAUGAGCGACUGACUCCAGAUCAGAUCAGACGGGCUCAUGGGUGUGAUCGACCGCCCGGCAUGACUGUCACAGAGUGUAGAAAGACGUUUGGAGAGCCGUACCUGCGUCUGUAA